GCAUCUGAUGUACAAGAGGAUGUUCGCGUGGACCCGCUUAUUCUUCGAGAUUGUAGGCCCCUCCUCACUACUGUAUGUGCUAUCUCGAGUGAAGAGACAGUCAGCAACACCGGUAAUCAAGGCGCCGCGUAUGAGUGCCUGCUCCGACAUGAAUCACAUUCCAGCAUGACGCCGGCUUGCCGCAAUCGCCUGCUUGAGCUGCACUUUUUCAUCACUCGAAACGUAGCCCUCGAUUCGAACUUUAGAAGUUGGACAUAA